AUGCAAAACCCAACACCACAGCCGGAAGUCGACCUCAACCCCGUCGCCUCCGCCUCCUCCUCUUCCAACCCUCUUCCCGCACACCUAAACCCGGCCAAUUACCCGCAGACCCGCUACUUCUCCGACUCAAACAUCCAUCUAGAACUAACCUACAACCCCCUCGACCCAACAAAGAGCCUCGCACAGAUCCGCUCGCCCCACGCAGGUGCCAACGUCCUCUUCCUGGGCACCACCCGAUCAACGUUCGACAACCGCCCCGUUGCCCGCCUCACAUACACCAGCUACGCACCCCUGGCGCUGCGCACAUUGGAGAAAAUCGCCCGCGGUGCAGUGACCAAAUAUCAGCUGUGUGGCAUAAGUAUAUCGCAUCGCCUGGGCGAGGUCCGGGUUGCGGAGGAAUCAAUUGCUAUUGCCGUCGCUGCGGGACAUAGGCGCCCCGCAUGGAGGGCUGGGGAGGAAGUUUUGGAGGAAUGUAAGGCGGCAGUGGAGAUCUGGAAGCGGGAGGAGUUUGUUGGGGCUGGGGAAGAGGAGGGCGAGUGGAGGGCAAAUCGGGACACCGAUUCGCAGGGUAACUAUCGCGGGGAUAAAGUGGCAGAGGGCUAA